UUAUCACCACCGUUUCCAGCAGCGGCAACUCAAACGAACACAAAAUCUCAAAUUACAAAAGAAAAGAUAAAGGAAGUUACUAAUAUUAAUUACAAUAAAUUGGCAUUUAAUAUCCAAAAACGAUUAUAUAUAUGUCCCAAAAUUAUACAGCAACUUGCUAAUGCAAUGAUGGUGAUCCUCCAAGAAACCAAAGAAGCCAACGCAGCACAAGUAUUGGACUGUGAAAACAGAAAAGGACAACGAAUAUUUGUUGAUUCGGAAUAUGAAUCAUUUCUCAUGAGGUUUCUGAAAAAAAGUGUACUUCAGUUUGACAAAUCAAUAGAUCAAGACUUUAAAACUUUGGCCAUCGCAAAGCACCAUACCAAAAUAUUGAUAGCAAACAGAAUCAACGAAAUACUAGCAGCAUGGCAAAAAUAUGUUGUUACAGAUGAGAAGGGAAUAAUUGAACGACGAAAUAUAAUUGAAGAUUUAACGAAAAAAUUGCUAGUUGCACAAAAUACCGAAAUGAAUGAUUCUUCAAGUGCCAAUAUUAAAGAUGAUACUCAAAGUAAUAAUAUAUUUUUAUCAAGUACUCCAAUUGAGUCAACUGUCACCUUCAGCCCUCCAACCUUUCUACCAAUGGCUGAAACAAAAAUAAAUACCACUACAAUCGCCAAUGAUGAACUACUUGCACAAAGUCCUGGAUUGGCGUCAGUAACUACCACCACAACCACUUCAAAUAACCAUAAUCAUGUAUCUUUACAUGGGGAAAAAUUAGCAACGGAGGACGAGAAGAAGAUUGUUGAAUCUCUCAGAAAACUUGAUAAUAUCAAGGAAGCCUCUGAAACAAAUGCUGAGGAAAUUUUGAUGAAUUCACGGAAACGCGCAUCACAAAAAUCCUUGAUAGAGAAAGCUUCAAAGGUACAAAAAGUGAAUCCGUCGUCAAGCUCUGAUUAUAUAAAUUCAUAUGAGAUCGCAUCAAGUUUCCCAUUAUUAACGACAUCAAGAGUCUCACCAUUUCAUUCCAACGAGGAACCAAUAAUAAUACAGAAUACUGAGUUAAUUCCAGUAUCCUCUUUACAAAGUUCCAUUCAUACGACAUCCUCGCCACCGUCUAUAUCAUCUUACUCGCCUCGCCAAUUAUCUAUUUCGAUUCCUGAAAAUUUAUCUGUUGGAUUACCACCUCCACAACAGCCACCAAUUUCAUCAUCAAGUGAUACGCAAAAUCGAAAUUCAGAAAAGUCUCAGAUUCACUUGCCAAGUAUUCAAAAUCUACUUGAACUCACUGAGAAUUCGUUAUCGUCAAUUAUGGAUAGAUCAUCUGAGAAUUCUCUCUCAAUUGGAUCGCCUACUGGAUUACAUCAUCACCGUCGUCAUUCAUCGUUUCCUAGUUAUCAUCUUCCAUAUCAAGCUAAUCAAUAUUAUCUAUAUGAUAAUCCUGCGAUUAUUGCACGAUCCCCUACAACUAACUCGAACAUGGGAUCACCGUCUCUACCAUCAUCAUUACCGCAGCAAAAUACCUGCAGCAAUUAA